GGUCGGGGCCUGAUCGCCCCCUGCCUCUCCUGCACCGCCCCCCGCCACGAGCCGCAGGCGGAGGGCUUUGGGAGGCACGCGUGGGAUUUGCUGUGGUAUUGGGGCUGCUUGGUGUGACCCCUCGGGGAGGAAGGGACCCCUUUGCCUCCCAGGCAGGAGGAAGAUGGCGAGAGGAGCGUACCCUCCUUCCCCAGAGACCACCCUGCUUCGCCACACGCCCUUGCACUCGCCCACUCCCCUCACAACAGACAUGUGGACGCAGCUCACACUAGUGCACACGCUCCUUUCCUCAUACACACCCAGCCCAUUCAUGCGACAUUGCUUGCCCUCGGCUCGUGUCCCACAUAUACACGCCUUUCAUUUGCACACUCGCGCUGUCACAGCACCCUCACGGGCACGUCCCACACUCCCCAGAGUGCUGGGUGCUGGAGAAGUUGGCUUUUCCCCCUACUGCUGGAAUUGUACCCAGGGCCUUGCUCACACCAGGCAAACCCCUUAUCCCUGGGCUACAAGCCCGGCCAAGGUCCUGUCCACUUGGGAAGAGGUUCUCGGUGGAGGAGGAGGAGGGGGCCUCUGCAUCAGUGAGGCCCUACCCCGCGGCGGAAUGGAUGGGAGCCCCCAGAGGCCUGGGGAACCCUCCCGGCCCCCGUGGCCCCCGCCACUGCCUUUGAGGGUACCAUGGCCGGGUGAAGAGGGCUGCGACAAGGGGCGCCCGUUGCCUUGGAACCGACUACCUUGUGGGGCGGGAGCGUUAGCGUAGCCGGGAUUUAUAGGGACAGACAAUAUUACUCCUUUGAGGACACUUAAGUAACCGGAGUUUACAUUCACUAAGCACUUGGCUGAUUUAUCUUCUGCUACGGCGAGGAGGCAGCCCCGGGAGUGGGCCCUGAUGCCUGGCCAGCCGGCUGGGGUAAUGGGGACACAGAGCAGCAGCUGAACCCCAGGGUCGACCAAGGGCGGACAUCCCACAGGCCUCCCCCUGUGGGCCUCCUGAGGACUGUCGGGGAGCGUGUUUUCCCCCAGCACUCAUUUUCUCCUAAUCGAGAUCAAUCUGCCUUAAUGAUCUUUACAAAAGAAAACUUCCCAUCAGACUGUUGUAAAAACUCCCUGGCCAGCAAAGCUAACUGCUUGCUCCUGAGGCCAGCAGGCACUUCCCAGUGGUGUGAGGGCCAGGGACAAUGAAGCUGCCCCUUCUGUCCCCAAAGAGCACCCCUAAACUCGGUGCAUGCAGCCUCAGGCCCUUCCUGCCUUUCCAGGCCUCUGGACAGGAGUGGGCCUCCCUUCUCUUCUCAGAUGUUGGCUUUCAGGCCCCAGAGGGACAGGCCAUCUGCCCAGCGAACAGCAGCCUGGCGCGGGUGUGUGGGGGUAGGGAGUUGGAGACCCUGGGCGCCCAUGGGACCUGAGGCAGGGGAAAAGCCUUUCAAAUGUGAAUUUGAUGGCUGCGAUAGGAAGUUUGCCAACAGCAGUGAUCGAAAGAAACAUUCCCAUGUCCACACCAGUGACAAGCCCUACUACUGCAAGAUCAGAGGCUGCGACAAAUCUUACACUCACCCGAGCUCUCUGAGGAAGCACAUGAAGAUUCACUGCAAGUCCCCCCCACCUUCUCCAGGAGCCCUUGGUUACUCAGCAGUGGGGACUCCGGUGGGUGCCCCCUUGUCCCCUGUGCUGGACCCAGCUAGGAGUCGUUCCAGCACUCUGUCCCCUCAGGUGACCAACCUCAAUGAGUGGUAUGUUUGCCAGGCUGGUGGGGCCCCCAGCCACCUCCACACACCUUCCAGCAACGGAACCACCUCCGAGUCUGAAGAUGAGGAGAUAUAUGGGAAUCCUGAUGUUGUACGGACGAUGCAUUAGAAUUUAUUAUUAUUAUUAAUAGAUGAAAUAAUAUGCGGGAGUCCUUGGAUCCUCUCCUAACCUGAGACAAUGCCGAGCCUGAGACAAACACAUGACUCAGACUUGCCACUGGUCUAAUUAGCCCUAUUUAUUCAGUAUGAAACCCUAUGGUGUUUGUACAUUUAAUUAAUUUAAUUAAGAUAUUUGGGCUUUUUUUCUUUCUUUUUCUGAAACAAACAAAACACAACCAAGCUGGACUUGUACAUUGCAGGGGGACAAGGCUGGGGGCAAAUUGUACCAAGGGAAAUGAAUGGAGAGAUUACUUAAUCAAUAUACACACUGCCAAUACAAUAUGUGUGUGUAUGUGUGUGUGUGUGUGUGUGUGUAUUUAUAUUUUUAAAGGUGGAGAAGAAGAGCAUAAAGUCAAAACUUCAUACAGCAACCAGGCCCUCUGCACUUCCCAGAGUGCCUCUCCAAUGCCUUUGACACCAUACUGUGGGCUGCUUUUGAGCCUCCUUGCUGGGCCCUAAUUCUGCAAAGGCUUCUUGAUUGUAAACCACAUACUUGCUGCAUUGUGAACAGAUUCCUGGACUCUGCCUGUGUCCAAAAGUAUUUGUCAAAACACCUUACGUUCUAAUAUUUAUGGUUUUUAAUUUCCAUGCUUUUAUUAUUGAUCUCACCUUAUCGGUAUUUUUAUACAGGAUUUUUUCUUCAGGACCUUUACUUGUGUGCGUUUUUUUUCCUAUGUGCAGCAACCUUAAUGUAUCUCCAUAUAUUCUACUGUGAUUGUUUAAGCAAAAAUGGAGAGAAACAAAAGCUGCCACAAUAAACAACUGUGAAACUGUGAUCUUUUAUAAAAUAGAAAAAAUUCAAGUGCUUUCUUUUUCCUCUCUGGUGUUUUUGUUUUUCUUUCUUUAAUCUGAAAUCUCAGAUGCUGCUUUCUUACUGUGUCCCAACUUCUUGUGUAAUAAAGAGAUUACGUUUUUGAUCAUAAGUUCUGUGGGAUGCCAACCUUCACAGUCGAGGAGGUGUGAUGAUGGUAUUGUGUCUGUUUUUUAAAUUUUUAUUUCUUUUGGAAAGCAGUUUUUAAAACAGGCCAACUCUGCUUUUAUACUAUUGUGUCAACCUUUUUUUAAAAAAAGUCUUUAGUUUUUAAUGCCUGAAACUGUGUUUCCGUGCAUUUCUUCCAACUGAACACCUAAGCACACCAAACUCUCUUCCAUUUGAAAAUGACAGUGUGAAGUAUAUGAUUUACAUUGAGAGGGGAGAGAGUUGCUAUACAUAUUAAAAUUUUUAGAAGGUUUAUAGUUACCACCAAACAUUGAUGAAUGUGUGACCUUUGCCAGAACUGUCAAGCUAGGAUAAAAAAGGUCAAGGACCGGGGACAAUAACUCUUAGUCAGUUUACUUUCAGUUGGUACAACACAUCUCCUGUGCAACAUGUAGUCCAUCAGAAACAUCAUACAAAUCUACUAAAGAGCACUAAUUUAUCCUCAGAGACCCUGAAGACACCCUCUCCUCAUGGUUUGUAGAAACUUGCUUUGUGUGCUGUAAAUGGUUGAUGUAGUCUUGUCAUUGUCAAUAACUUAUAUGUGGACACUUUUAUUUGUACAGUUGAAUUAAUUUAUUUUCAGACAUCAUCCCCCCCCAACCCCACCCUUGGAAGAGUUCGAAGCACACCAAAGAAUUAUUUUACACAUUUUGGUGAAAGAUUGUCAUUUAUGGUCCAUGGUUUAUUUAAAAAGGGGGGAGAAAAUGGAAACAUAUUUUUAAGCCUACUUGAAUGAAAAGUGAAAUGUGAAAACCAAGACUCUUCCUGCAUGUCUUUUUUGCAUUGUGUUGAUGAAAUUAUAUACAGUUUAUAGAUAUGUUACUAGUGCAGUGCAUGGUGCUGUCAUUUGGAAAGCCCUCAAUGUUGUUUUCAGAUUGUUAAAGUAAAUAUGAAACCGGCAGACCCUCCUUUAUAAUGAAAAAGGACCAUAAAACUUGAAUACAAAAUAAUCCUACAGUUUUAUAGUUUAUUUGAUUUUCAUAUUACUCACUUUCAAAGUCCCUUUCAGAUACAAAAGAUAUGGCACGAGUUGGGGGGUGGUAAUUUAUGUAUCGUAAACUUACUAGGACAAAAUAUUCCUGAUAUAUGAUGAGUUGUUUUAUUUAUACAACUUUUUCAAUGGUAGUUUGCACUAUUCUUUAUUAUGCUACAGGUUUAUUUA